GGGCUCUACACUGCCUGUUUUCUCUCUUUUUAAAUUGGCAUCCUUACCCAGUCUUCUCACUUCUGCCUUCUCUUUCUACCCUCCGUCUUCUGUGAGAUUUUCCUCUGCGAUUUCUAGGGUUAGGGUUUAUACAGCUCCUGAAGCGAAGGUAUUAUGUUCCCUAACGGUCCUCAGUUGUGCGUUUAGUCCGCACUCCGUCGAUAUAUUCCUCUCGUUGUGCGGGCAUCGUGAUGAAUAGAUUUAUUAUAAUUGGAGAAUUUCUGGGAACAGCAUUAGGACAAUGUCUGAGUGCAAGGUUAUUGAGUUAGAGCAAGGCUGGGAACAUAUGCAGAAGGGAAUAACAAAGCUGAAGAACAUUCUAGAAGGACUCCCAGAGCCCCAGUUCAACUCAGAAGAUUACAUGAUGCUCUACACAACUAUCUAUAACAUGUGCACCCAAAAGGCUCCCCAUGAUUAUUCUCAGCAGCUUUAUGACAAAUAUCGGGAGGCAUUUGAAGAAUACCUUGUUGCAAUGGUAUUGCCAUCCUUAAAAGAGAAGCAUGAUGAGUAUAUGUUGAGGGAGCUUGUGAAUAGAUGGGCGAAUCAUAAAGUUAUGGUUAGAUGGUUGUCACGUUUCUUUCAUUAUCUUGAUCGUUACUUCGUUGCUCGUAGGUCACUUCCUGUGCUGAAGGAAGUUGGGCUGGCUUGCUUCCGUGAUCUGGUUUACAGGAUAUUGAAUGGUAAAGCCAAGGAUGCUGUGAUUGCUCUUAUUGAUGAAGAGCGUAUGGGAGGGCAGAUUGAUAGAGCUUUGUUGAAGAAUGUUCUAGAUGUAUAUGUUGAAAUUGGAAUGGGGCAAAUGGAAUGCUAUGAAAAUGAUUUUGAACUUGACAUGCUCAAAGAUACUGCUGCCUAUUAUUCACGGAAGGCGUCAAAUUGGAUUGAAGAGGAUUCUUGUCCCGAAUACAUGAUUAAGGCUGAGGAAUGCUUGAAAAAAGAGAGGGAUAGAGUUUCUCAUUACUUGCAUUCAAGCACCGAGCAGAAGUUAGUGGAGACAGUGCAGAAUGAGUUGCUGGUGGCACAUGCAACCCUACUUCUUGAGAAAGAGCAUUCUGGUUGCCGUGCGUUGCUUAGGGGUGAUAAGGUGGAGGAUCUGACUAGGAUGUAUAGGCUUUACAAUAAAGUACCUCAUGGCUUGGAACCUGUUGCUAUUAUGUUUAAACAGCAUGUUGCAGCUGAGGGCACUGCCUUGGUCAAUCAGGCUGAAGAUGCUGCAAAUAACCAGGGAGAGAAUGUAGGUGGGCAGGAACAGGUCCUCAUAAGAAAAUUUAUUGAGCUACAUGACAAGUAUAUGGCAUAUGUGAAUGACUGUUUUAUGAAUCAUACCCUUUUCCACAAGUCCUUAAAAGAGGCAUUUGAGUUAUUUUGCAACAAGAAUGUUGCUGGCAAUUCAAGUGCAGAACUACUGGCUACAUUUUGUGAUGGUAUCCUCAAGAAGGGCGGGAUUGAGAAAUUGGGUGAUGAAGCUGUUGAAGAAAUACUGGAGAAGGUAGUUAAGUUGCUUGCAUAUAUUAGUGAUAAAGACCUUUUUGCAGAAUUCUACAGGAAAAAGCUUGCUCGUCGGCUACUUUUUGACAGGAGCGCUAAUGAUGAGCAUGAAAGGAGCAUUCUGACCAAGCUGAAACAACAAUGUGGUGGCCAGUUCACCUCAAAAAUGGAGGGGAUGAUCACAGAUCUGACAUUGGCAAGAGAAAAUCAGGCUAAUUUUGAGGAAUAUCUUGGCAACGAUGGGAUUGCGAAUCCUGGGAUUGAUUUGACCGUUACUGUACUCACUACUGGAUUCUGGCCAAGUUACAAGUCAACUGAUGUUAACCUCCCAGCAGAGAUGGUGAGGUGUAUUGAAAUUUUCAAAGAAUUCUAUGAAACUAAAACAAAGCAUAGAAAACUUACAUGGAUUUGCUCAUUGGGCAAUUGCAACAUUAAUGCCAAGUUUGAACAAAAAACUAUUGAACUGAUUGUAACAACCUAUCAGGCUGCCGUCCUUUUGCUAUUUAAUUCUGCAGAUAGAUUAAGCUAUUCAGAAAUCAUGACUCAAUCAAACUUGGUUCAUGAUGACUUGGUUAGAGUGUUGCAUUCCCUCUCAUGUGCCAAGUAUAAGAUUCUUAACAAGGAGCCGAAUACUAGAGCCAUAUCUCCAACUGACUUCUUUGAAUUCAACUCGAAGUUUACUGACAGAAUGAGGAGAAUCAGGAUACCUCUUCCCCUGGUGGAAGAACGAAAGAAGGUAGUUGAAGAUGUGGACAAAGAUAGGCGAUAUGCUAUUGAUGCAUCACUUGUGCGCAUAAUGAAGAGCCGGAAAGUUUUAGGCCACCAGCAGUUAGUCAUGGAGUGUGUUGAUCAGCUAAGUCGUAUGUUCAAGCCUGAUGUUAAGGCAAUCAAGAAGCGUAUUGAAGACUUGAUCACCCGCGACUACCUAGAAAGAGACAAGGACAAUCCGAACACAUAUAAGUACUUGGCCUGAUUUAGUUGGCUGAUACGUGUACUUUAUUCAAGCAUAGCAUAUGCGGAGAAGCAGAAUGCAAAAAAGAGCAGAAAGGUGAAGUGAAAUUAUAGUGAAGUUCAAUUACAUACUCAUACUGUACAUUCCAUGUGGAUACGAUGCCUCCAAAGAUCCUAGGAAGUUAGACAUAGUAGCUGAGAAAAUUGUUCUUCAAUUUCAGACUUAACUGGGUUUUGUGCAGUUAGGCCCAUAGCACCUCGGAAAAAUAGGGGAAAAAAGUGUUAAUUUAGGAAUUGAUUCUGCGAGUGUUGACUGCAUUGAUGGGGAUGGGCUGUGCUGAGCCCUCUCAACUAUAUAUUUCAGCAAUUCCUCCCAAUUAUUUUUGCCCCGCAAAAGACAGAAUGUCAUUUGUUUUUAACUUCUUGCGUUUUGCCUUUCCAUUUCAUGGAUUAGCUCUGAAAAGAGGUAAUGGAAUGUUCAAUUCUGCAAGUGAUUGACGUUUAAAUAGCUAGCUGAGCAUAUGUGCUUCCCAUAUUUUUACAACAAAAACCAGAGACCUGCUAUGCCAGCCAGAGUCAAUUUUAUAUGAGGAGCAUGUAAUGUACAGAAAAUUGUAUGGGGACCUACUCCACAUGUCCUGUAUGCCUGUAUUUUAUAUAACUAAUAUGUGACAUGUUGAUCCUAUAUUCAUUAAUAUCAAACAAACAUAAAGAAAGCGAUUCAUUUUCAGUA